AUUUGGAUGUUCUUGCAGAUAGUCAUUGUGAGAGAGAACGUUUCAUUUAAGUCCCAGAUGAGGACCGAAAACUUGAAAUCAGAGGAGCAUCUGAAAUCAAAUAAUAUUAGGCAGGCAGAAGUCCUGAAGGCUGACAUGACAGAUUCUAAGCUGGGUCCAGCUGAGGUCUGGACAUCCAGGCAGGCUCUGCAGGACUUGUACCAGAAAAUGCUAGUUACUGAUUUGGAAUACGCUUUAGACAAGAAAGUAGAACAGGAUCUCUGGAAUCAUGCCUUUAAGAAUCAGAUCACAACACUACAAGGCCAAGCAAAGAAUCGAGCAAACCCGAAUCGGAGUGAAGUUCAGGCAAACCUUUCUCUGUUCCUAGAGGCAGCUAGUGGCUUCUAUACUCAGUUAUUACAAGAACUGUGUACAGUGUUUAAUGUAGAUUUGCCAUGCCGUGUGAAGUCUUCCCAGUUGGGAAUUAUUAGCAAUAAACAGACGCAUACCAGCGCCAUAGUAAAGCCACAGUCCAGCUCCUGUUCGUACAUUUGCCAGCACUGCCUCGUCCACCUUGGAGACAUUGCUCGAUACAGAAACCAGACCAGCCAGGCAGAGUCAUACUAUAGGCAUGCAGCUCAGCUUGUCCCCUCCAAUGGUCAGCCUUACAAUCAGUUGGCUAUCUUAGCUUCUUCCAAAGGAGACCAUCUGACCACAAUUUUCUACUACUGCAGAAGCAUUGCUGUGAAGUUCCCUUUCCCAGCUGCCUCCACUAAUCUACAAAAAGCACUUUCUAAAGCACUGGAAAGCCGGGAUGAGGUGAAAACCAAAUGGGGUGUAUCUGACUUUAUCAAGGCCUUUAUUAAAUUCCACGGUCAUGUCUACCUGAGUAAGAGCUUGGAAAAGUUGAGCCCUCUUCGAGAGAAAUUGGAAGAACAGUUUAAGAGGCUGCUAUUCCAAAAAGCUUUCAACUCUCAACAGUUAGUUCAUGUCACUGUCAUUAAUCUGUUUCAACUUCAUCACCUUCGUGACUUUAGCAAUGAAACGGAGCAGCAUAGUUAUAGCCAAGAUGAGCAGCUCUGUUGGACACAGUUGUUGGCCCUCUUCAUGUCUUUUCUGGGUAUCCUGUGCAAGUGUCCUCUCCAGAACGAGUCUCAGGAGUCCUACAAUACCUAUCCCCUUCCUGCAGUCAAGGUCUCCAUGGACUGGCUGAGGCUCAGACCCAAAGUCUUUCAGGAGGCAGUGGUGGAUGAAAGACAGUACAUUUGGCCCUGGCUGAUUUCUCUUUUAAAUAGUUUCCAUCCUCAUGAAGAUGAUCUCUCAAAUACUAAUGCCACCCCACUUCCAGAGGAGUUUGAGUUACAAGGAUUCUUGGCUUUAAGACCAUCUUUCAGGAACUUGGAUUUUUCCAAAGGCCAUCAGGGUAUUACAGGAGACAAAGAGGGUCAGCAGCGACGAAUAAGACAGCAGCGCUUGAUCUCUAUAGGGAAAUGGAUUGCUGACAAUCAGCCACGGCUGAUGCAGUGUGAAAAUGAGGUAGGGAAAUUGUUGUUUAUCACAGAAAUUCCAGAAUUAAUACUAGAGGACCCCAGUGAAGCCAAAGAGAACCUCAUCCUACAAGAAACAUCUGUGAUAGAGUCACUAGCUGUUGAUGGAAGCCCAGGACUGAAAUCAGUGCUAUCUACGGGCCGAAAUCCAAGCAACAACUGUGACACAGGAGAGAAACCAGUGGUUACCUUCAAAGAGAAUAUUAAGCCACGAGAAGUGAACAGAGACCAAGGAAGAAGUUUUCCUCCCAAAGAGGUGAGAAGGGACUAUAGCAAAGGAAUAACUGUUACUAAGAAUGAUGGAAAGAAGGACAACAGCAAGAGGAAAGCUGAAACCAAGAAAUGCACCUUAGAAAAGUUACAGGAAACAGGAAAGCAGAGUGUGGCAGUGCAGGUAAAAUCCCAGACAGAACUAAGAAAGACUCCAGUGUCUGAAGCCAGGAAAACACCUGUAACUCAAACUCCAAGUCAAGCAAGUAACUCUCAGUUCAUCCCUAUUCAUCACCCUGGAGCCUUCCCUCCUCUGCCCAGUCGACCAGGGUUCCCGCCCCCAACAUAUGUUAUCCCCCCUCCUGUGGCAUUUUCUAUGGGCUCAGGUUACACCUUCCCAGCUGGUGUUUCUGUCCCAGGAACCUUUCUUCAGCCUACAGCUCACUCUCCAGCAGGAAACCAGGUGCAAGCUGGGAAACAGUCCCACAUUCCUUACAGCCAGCAACGGCCCUCUGGACCAGGGCCAAUGAACCAGGGACCUCAACAAUCACAGCCACCUUCCCAGCCACCCCUUACAUCUUUACCAGCUCAGCCAACAGCACAGUCUACAAGCCAGUUGCAGGUUCAAACUCUAGCUCAGCAACAAUCCCCUACAAAAGUCAUGCCAGCUUUGGGGAAAAGCCCGCCUCACCACUCUGGAUUCCAGCAGUAUCAACAGGCAGAUGCCUCCAAACAGCUAUGGAAUCCCCCUCAGGUUCAAGGCCCACUAGGGAAAAUCAUGCCUGUGAAACAGCCCUACUACCUUCAGACCCAAGACCCUAUAAAACUGUUUGAACCAUCAUUGCAACCUCCUGUAAUGCAGCAGCAGCCUCUAGAGAAAAAAAUGAAGCCUUUUCCCAUGGAGCCAUAUAACCAUAAUCCCUCAGAAGUCAAGGUCCCAGAAUUCUACUGGGAUUCUUCAUUCAGCAUGGCUGAUAACAGAGCUGUAAUGACACAGCAACCAAAUAUGGACCGCAGGAGCAAACGGUCACCAGGAGUCUUCCGUCCAGAGCAGGAUCCUGUGCCCAGGAUGCCAUUUGAGGACCCCAAGAGCUCCCCUCUGCUUCCUCCGGACCUGUUAAAGAGUCUGGCUGCCUUGGAGGAAGAGGAAGAGCUGAUCUUUUCUAACCCUCCUGAUCUUUACCCAGCUCUGCUGGGUCCUCUGGCCUCUCUUCCUGGACGAAGCCUCUUUAAAUCCUUAUUGGAGAAGCCCUCAGAGCUCAUGUCACAUUCGUCCUCUUUCCUAUCCCUCACCGGAUUCUCUCUCAAUCAGGAAAGACACCCAAAUAGUAGUAUGUUCAAUGAAGUAUAUGGGAAAAACUUGACGGCCAACUCCAGGGCAGAACUGAACCCCUCUGUGGCCUCCCAGGAAACAUCACUGUAUUCCCUUUUUGAAGGGACUCCAUGGGCUCCAUCACUUCCUGCCAGUUCAGACCAUUCAACACCAGCCAGCCAGUCUCCUCAUUCCUCUAACCCCAGCAGCCUGCCCAGUUCUCCUCCAACACACAACCAUAAUUCUGCUCCAUUCUCUAAUUUUGGACCCAUUGGGACACCAGAUAACAGAGAUAGGAGGCCUGCAGAUCGCUGGAAAACUGAUAAACCAGCUAUGGGUGGAUUUGGCGUUGAUUAUCUCUCAGCAGCAUCAUCUUCUGAGAGCAGUUGGCAUCAGGCUAGCACUCCAAGUGGCACCUGGACAGGCCAUGGCCCCUCCAUGGAGGAUUCCUCUGCUGUCCUCAUGGAAAGCCUAAAGUCUAUCUGGUCCAGUUCCAUGAUGCAUCCUGGACCUUCCGCUCUGGAGCAGUUGUUAAUGCAGCAGAAGCAGAAACAGCAGCGGGGACAAGGCACCAUGAACCCUCCACACUGAGGCCACAGUAGCAACUCCAGGAAUGAAGGCUCCAUAAACCAUGGCAUGUUGGGUUUGCAGGACUGACCCACACAGUCCUCUGCAGGUGGCAGCCCUCUUGUCUGUUUCUUGCUGUCAAGAGGGUGUAAGUGUUCCACCAGCCCGCAGAGUGUGCACGAAAUGUUCACAGUGCAACAAAAAGAAACAUCAGGAACUCUCCGUUCCCCCGGGGCUUUCCGGAGGGAGAGAGGAACUGCUGUUUGUCUCACUCAGUUACUGAUAUCACCGCCUCUCACCUUCUCCACCGUGCAUGUCCCCAGCCACAUGGGAAGUGAAAGCUGAGAAGGGAAGGCAGAUGGGAGAAGCCAGUGGGAACUUACUUCUCAGUCCUUUUUUUCCUCUUUGGGGAAUAAAAUAGGAAUCCACUCUGAGUGCUUUGCUGACUGAGAAUGUAGUUGAAAUUAUUCCUAAACAUCUUUUAUUGUUAUUACUCUCAGUAGCAAAAUAUCACACUGAAUUCUUCCAUACACAGGUGUACUUCUAGUCAGUGUGUAGCAAAGACAGUCCCCGUUUGCUGCUCCUGAGAGGUCGGUGGUGACAGGAUGGGGAACUGACCUCCUCAGCCAGUGGGAGUGUUCCGUAAGGGAGAGUAUAGGCCUCUUACAAGGUUCUGGUAGGCCUUCCUCCAACCUGGAAACUCCAGCAGGGAAUGCCCUUCACUCUGUAGGUGCUCGAGCCCAAUCGAGGAUGCAGUGUGGGUGCUGCUGCUGGGCUAGACUAGCAGGUGACUGCUGUAAGAUUUCAAAUUAAUGUUCUUGAUUCCUAUACUUUUUGCAGUAGCAUAGCAAGCAGUCUCACAGAAGGCAGGCUAGUCCAUUCAUAGCCUGGCACGCAUUUUAAUAGGUAGACGCUUUCAGUGUGGUUAUUUUUUGUUGGGUUGGUUUUUGUGUCCUCAUCCUGCUUCCCAGCCUCUUGCACCCAUCUUGUCUCCAUCCCUUUUUAACCACAUGCUGUAUACUAGUAAUUGUUUUUAUUCCUUACGUGUACAACAUCUCGCCAAGAAGCAACAGCAUGGGGCCAGCUUUUGGGGCCCAAAAGACAGACUGAAGAGGAAGGAAGUAGCGGUGCCUGCGUAGCCAGGGAAGGGCCUUUGCCCAGCCAUGGGCUCCCAGCCUUUACGUGAAGAAUGGAAUCAAGGCAACAGGGACACAUAUGCACACUGUGCACAGAAGAAAACACAACGAAUGCCACUUUGGAAAAGGCAAAAGAAAAAUAAACUUUUUAUUUGAUAUUUAUUAGGAGGAAAGAGGACUGAAGGUGUUCUUGUGUCGCAACAGGACAGCAUUUCUUUUAGUCACUUCCUGGAAGUAAGAUUUGAAGGGGGAAUUAUGGAAACAAUCUAAAUGUCCGAUUGCUAUGCUAGGGGUAGGAAUUAUUUUCAGAGAGAGCGUGUUCGCGUUCUCUCUCUCUCUCCUCUCUCUCUCUCUCUCUCUCUCGCUCUCUCGCUCUCUCGUCCAUUCCCACACAUGCCCAUCUACUCUUCCAGAGGGAAAGGGCUUUAUGGGAGUUAUUGCAGAACUUAGCUGGAAAACAGAUGCUGAGCACAGCACAUCCAGGAGCCCCCAUCACUGGGGUCUGGGCAAGCCCAGCAAUGAGAAGGGUGAGAUGUUGCUCACUGCUCUGCAGGAAGAGUUGUUGUAGCCCCCAGGCUUACUGUAUUGCUCUUUAGUUUGACAUGGUGUUUGGGUUUUCUUGGUUUGGUUUUGUUUUUGAAAGGUCUGAAAGUGUGAAGCCCCCACUCAAUGGCAAUAUGACACCCUUCGUGCUUCUCUCUAGCUCCUACACUGUGUCCGCCUUUUUCCUCUUCCCUAUUUCCCUACUGCCUUUCCCCAGUUUGUGUGUUUAAGCUCUAAUUCAGACAGCUGCAACAUUCCGGUGUUUGCGACAGCACUGAUUCUUGCACCUGAGACAAGCUGACCAGGUUUAUCAGCUCCCUCCCAGUAGUGCGCACUUCCCAUCUACAGCCCCAUUCUGCAUGAGAAUUCGGUGUUGGAAUGUUUUCUGACUCAGGCGGUUUGUCGCCUUACCAUCCUCACUGUGGAGUAAUGAGGGGGAGGAGAAUUUUCACCAGAAACUGGUUUGUGUAGUAAACUUUCUUUUGUGUUUUGUUUUCAUUUGGAUUUUGUUUUGUUUGGUCUGUCUGUGCAAGAUUUGCAGCUGCUGAAAUCAGCUUUGCCUUUAAUUAAACCAUGUUCUCUCCAACCA